AAAUAGGAAGCUUAUUGUCGAAUUUUUACGGAAUAUAAAUAAAUGCUGCUGCAAAUGUCAAAAUGUUUAGCAAUUAUUUACCGUGGUAUAUUUUUACUCUUUCGUUAUUGGAAUUAAUAAUUAAAACUCAUCCCACACUGCAUGACAGCAGUCAUGGCUUUAUCAGCAAAAAUCCGAGAUAUUUCGAUGAAGAAUUUUCGCAUUUACAUGAGGAAUUUGGUUUACCAAGAACUUCCAAGUUAAGUGAUGUUCCAUUGAAGUUUCAUAUGAAAUUUGAACCAACAUUUCUUGAUUUUAAGAAAAGACCCUUUGGUAUACCCCAUAUGGAAAAAGUUACUUUAUUUAAUAUUGAUAAGAACAAAAGCAUAGAUAUGACAUCUAUAUCAGGAAGUACAGUGCAUUUCCAUAGUUCUUUCUUCGCAGAUAGGAACAUACCACCAAAGGGAAACACCUCCUUCAACGUGGUAUUCCUCGGUCGAGAAGAAGGAUAUAUAGAAAGUGACCUGUACAUACAUACUUCAGAGGGAUUUCUGAAGUACAAUGUACGUGGUGCCAGUACAUACAGCCAUUACAGGAUACGACCCAUAGGGGUCAAAUUGCCAUUGAAUUCAACGUUUGCACCGUUAAUUUUUUUGCACAAUCCCCAUUUGGAACCUCUCCAAAUUGUAGAAGUACAUGGCGAAGGAGGGGGAUUUCAUCUCGAAUUACCAAAUGGGGAAUCAGAAGGGGCGAAAGAUCUGUGGAAGUUAGAUCCCCACGAAACUAAAGCCAUCAUUCGGGUGUUUAUACAACCGGAGAUCUUACAGAAUUAUACCGCAUAUGUUAGGAUACGUUUGAAUAAACCAGACCUAACUCUAGUGGUACCGGUAGAGGUUGAGGUAACUGAAGACACGGAGAUCAUCCAUCCGAGCGGUUAUGUCGACUUAGGUUUGGGCGGUCACUUGGAUCACCCGACAGAAAUAAACCUAUGUCUGCAUAACCCCAAUACGAAGCACGUCAGGGUUCACAGUAUCUACACCGAAUCCAAGGCGCUCAAAUUACAAUAUUACAACAUCAGAUUACCUCCAGCGAGAGAGACGGAAGAACAAGGGGAUCAGUGCGUAGACGUCGGCACUAUUAUUGUUGACUGGAAGACUGCUUACGAAACCAAAGACUUUUCAGGAAAAAUAACAGUAAGUUAUAGAAACGGUAAGAACAAGUCGGAGAUCCCGUACCAUAUGACCAUUUUAAAGGGCGGUCUAACGUACGAUCCCCUCACAACGACGUAUUUUAUAAACGACAAGACAGUGGAUUUGUCUGCGAGAUCGUUCAAAGUAAAAAACGAGUUCGACGAGUACAUUUAUGUCGCUGACGUUAUUUUUCCCCGUGAUAUUCACCAUUAUUUUAAGAUUCAGAGCCUUUGGCCGAAGGUGAUAAAACCAGGCGAUGAAACUAAUUUAUUUAAUAUUAAGUUAAAAAACAACAUUAGGCUAUCAGAUCUCCAAUUGCAAUCAUUCAUUCUUUUAAAAACGAACAUUUCGCACGUGCGGGUUUCCUUAGUCAGUUACAAUGGGAAGCUGCAAGUGCAUUUGCCAUUUAAAAGUAAGGAUUUUUCUUUGGAAAUCGGACUUCUGGGCUUCAACACCAAGAAAGAAGUCUAUUUUAUGAUCGUCAACCAUAAUCCCGUUACACUGAACGUAAAACACGUUCAUUCUUCGAUUCCAAUGACGCACGCAGAUAUUUUAGGAUGCGGUUCGGGAGAUUUCAGACUGGUGUUAUUUUCUCCUUCAUUUCAGAAUCUCUCUAAAUGUCAUAAUCUCAAAGCAGGACAUUAUGCUAUAAUAAAAGUCACCAUUACAACGACUCAAGUGGAAGGGCAAGUAUGGGGAGACAUCUACGUGGAAACUCAGUUCGAGAAUUUGAAAAUCCCAGUUCAUUUUAAAAUAGCGCCUGGAAAGUUGGAAAUCGGAGCUGAUAAACUUGUGUUCGAUCAAUGCUUUCCGGGCAAAUUAUGCACUCACCCCUUAAAGGUGCACUCGAGUUUUAACGAUCCGAUGGUAAUAGAAGACGUUAUUACGUUGCCACCUGACAAGAGGAUAAGCAGUCGACUUACAAGCCAUAUUCUCGCCAAAACUUCGAAAGUGGUAGGUCACGUCUUCUUAAAUGCUGAGUUGGGAUGUCAUCCCGAAUGUUACACCGGGCUGCAAAGCGAUACAACAGCACAAUGGUUGAAGAUGUUUUCGCUCUCUAAGUUCGUGUACGACUUCGAUUUACAUCUAGUCAACACAUUCUACAACAGGUACUUAAACCUAACCGCAAACGGAACCAAACGAUGGCAAAAUAUAUCCAUGCGGCUAGAUACGUCAGAAGUAAGAGGUCAUGUCUUUAAGUCAAGAGUAAAAAUGAGUUGGCCGAGUCUGUUGGUCGAUAACAACCUGGAAAACAAAUCUAUCAUAGUGUUUCCUCGGACACAAGUGGGGAAUAUGAGCUAUCAUAACAUCACUAUUCGUAAUCCAGCCAGUGUUACUAUAGUGGUACAGAUGGUAUUAGGAAGCGAUUAUCCCAACUAUCUAGAUCUGUUGGCAGGCUUGCCGCCCAAUCUUGACGUCGAAAGUAUAUACGAUAGAUUUUUCACUACGGGAUUUUUCUUUCCUAAUGACACAAGGCACGAACAAAUCAAUUAUUUUAAUGAAAUGCUAGGGGUAAACGUGCAUCCAGAAAGCAUCCCCGUUUUGUUACCCCCCGGAGAAACAUUUACGUUUCCCGUGGGAUUUUACGCGGAAGACGGACAUUGCCAUUCGGCUGUAGUAUUACUAAGGAACAAUCUUACGAUUUUAGAAGUUGUCCGGUUGAAUGCUAAGGGUGUGCAACCUUUGUUUAAGUUUGGCAAUCGAAAACCAGGCUCCUUGCAACCACUAACGUUCGAGAUGACCGAGAGACACUUCAGGGAUUGCGAGAAGCAAAAAUUUUACACAGGUGAUCCGAAUUUUACAGUCAAAAGAACUUUUACGGCAAGGAAUAUCGGGGACGUGACCCUGUAUGUGAAUUCGUUUCACAUAAACGAAUAUCCUUGUGAAGGUUAUGGCUUUAAGGUCAUGGAUUGCGAAUCAUUCGUAUUGUACCCCAACCAAACAAAGAAGAUAGAUAUAGCAUUUACGCCAGACUUAACACUGUCGAAAAUUUCUCGAACGUUACAGUUAGGUACCAGUCUGAACAUGCCGGUGAAUUACACCCUGUACACGACGAUACCAUCGUUAUAUCUAUCGUUGUGCUCAGAUCUGAUAGCAAGACCGACUUGGGAGGUCUAUUUAAGUUAUUUAGCAGUGGUCGCCAUGUCACUGCUUCUAUUUAUUAUCGUAUCCGUAGCCACUCUUGACGCUGAGCGUAUCAAAAGACAAGCUAUGGAUUCCUUUAUCUUCCCCAGCAAUUCUGCAGUCCAACCCGUUCUCGAUUUGAGGUUGGUGGGUCAGCAAAUCAGGGAAGAAAUACAGUCGCAGAAAGCUGUGACCGUUAGUAAAGAGGAAACCAAAUCGGACCAGGUUGAGAAGGAAGUAACAAAAGAAGAGGUUCCGGAAAUUAAUUCUAAACCUGAGGUGGAAAGAUAUACGGUGCUGGUUCCUACGACCGGAAAGGCCAAGAAAAAGUUGGCCAAACGGAACAGUAACGAAUCAUCUCCGGUAGAUGGGAGCUAUAUGCAGGUGGCUGACAAAGUGGAGAAGAAGAAGGAAAGACAUCCGGAGCCGAAACAUAAAGUUAAAGAGACUAAAGACGAAAAGGAGGUUGUGAAAGUAGAAGAGAAAGAAAAGAAACAUGUACAAAAUAAUAUUAAGGAAAAAGAGGUAAAGAAAUCUCAUUUCCACAACAAAAAACAUACCAAAAAUACAGUAGUACCUGCAUACGAAGAGGAGACUUCGUCGAGCACGACCGAGAGUAACGGCAGCCUCAACGAAGACCCCGAAAAAGAAAACAACCAAAGAAUCAGUGUGAAAGUUUGCUCAAAAACGACAACAAAAAGAGACAGGGAAAGCCAAAAGACAAACACUACGAACGGCGGUUUCGUAGACGGCAAUCCGAAUCACACUAACGAAUUCAAACACGUUCAUUUCAAUCACAGUAAUCAUCACAACAAACUUAAACAUCAAAAGUUACUUGCGAAGGCCGCGAAGGCGAACGAGAAACAAAUUAAGGAGAAUAAAGACUUCGAGGAUCAUCAUAAAACCAAUGAGCACACUCUAAAUACGCCGGUUAACAAACAUCAUAGUCAUCAAAAGGACAGAAGUGAGAAGAAGAAGGAGAGAAUUUCAAAAGAGCGUAAAGAAAAAGGGUUCCAUAAGAAAUCAUUGGAGAAAAACAAACAAAUUCACAAUGAACUGUCAGAAAAAUAUGACAAACACGACAAGCACGAGAAACACGAAAAAAAUGAGAAACACGAGAAACACAAAAACCCUCUAAGUUUCAACGUCCCCCUUCCAACUCCCAUUACGUCGACGGUAUGGGGUGAGAGUCGAGCCAAGUUCAGUGACGUCGUGGCGAGAUCUGAGUCUUCGUGUUCCUUAUUUUCGAACAACAGUCGGCCCUUAAGUCAUACAAGUACGGCGAAGUCAGCAGUUACAAAACCGACCAUGUACGUGGAGCCCUACAAACAAACCACCCCGACGGAACUCGGGCCGAUAGGAUCGAGACGCACAGACAGGAGGUCUUCCAGCGAGAACAACCGAAGAUCCAUGGGCGAAGGGAGUUUCGGUCACGAUAAUUUCUUACAUACAAACGGCUUAAGGAGCGAGACGGCCAAUAGUUUCUUCUCUGAUGAAAUACGCUUAGAUAAUGUUGGCAGAGAGAACGGGUAUUUGGGAGAUUUGAAUUCCUGGAACCAACAGCAGACGUUUAGUAGUGCUUUGGAGACGGGAUUUACUUCUUCGGAGGCAAAUACCAUCAUGGAAGAAGAUUAUGAAGAAGGAAACGAUAUAGAUCCAUGGAACCAAAAUCUAUUAAACACAAGUUCCUAUUGGGAGAGCUACAACCCAUUGUUGAAUGAUAGUCCCCUGUUGACGGAUACGCCGCUCUUGAACGAGAAUUCCCUCCUGAGCGAAGCUACCGCCUUGCCAACGCAGAACAACGUGACAUCGGCGUCAAACGUUUACCUGUGGGGAUCGUCUUCGGUGUGGCAACCUUGGGCUCCAGAAACGACGAGGACUCCUACCAGGACACCCCCGGGUUUCGACGAGUUUCUUCACCGGAAAGAUGAGCAAUCGCCGCAACAACCGCAACAGUCAUCGCCGAGGGAGAGCUACAGCCCCUUCAAUAUUUCUCCGUUGUGGAACCAACAGCAAACAAACCCAUGGAAUUACUCUCAAGGACAGUAAAUGCCGGCAUUUUGAUUCGUAUUUUCGACGAUUCUCUGGGCCUUUUGCACUUAUUCCAUACUUAUUUGGAAUUUAUUGAUUGUGUUUUUGUAAGACUGCAUGUAAUAUAUGAAAUACUCAUUUGUGUAGGAUUCGUUUUGUCCUACUCUGACCUAUUUUUUUGAUUUUCUUAGAAGUCUUUCAAUCUCUGGAAAAUUGAUGUUGAAAUCGCCUUCUUUGACUUAAAGGAACUGUUUAUACAGUUUUAUUUAAAAAGAAGAUCCCUCAAUAAAUGUUAUGAGCAAAUUA